AACUGUGGGGCUACAACGACGUCGUUAACCUUUGCUUUGAACCUCUAGUUCUUGAAAAUUCUACAACGACGUCGGGAUUGAUUAGUUGAAAAUUCUUGGAAGCUUUUUGUUUGUUUAGUUAUUCCCUGGAGUCAAAACAAACUUAAUAUAUAGCAAGAUGAUGAUGACGACUCUCCAAUUAUUCCGUAAUUCAUCAUUCUUCCUUGUUUAAUCUCGUUUUUUCCAGAUAUAAAAAGAUCAUCCUCUACGCAAUUACAGUUGAGAAUCUGAUGGAGAAUUCUGAUGAUCCAUGCGAUGUAGUGGUGAACGGAGAUGAAAAUAACAGACAUGACAGCGUUCCGUCGACGUCGACGAGUUCUUCGUAUAAAUUGUUCGGUCGUCAACGGUCCGUUCACCAGAUGAUGGGUGGCGGUAAAGCUGCUGAUGUUAUACUAUGGAGGCGGAGGCGUGUCUCAUGUGGCUUAAUGAUGGUUGCUACUGUUGCAUGGUUUUUGUUUGAGCGGUCUGGGUUGUCAUUCCUAUCAGUUUGUUGUGAUAUCUUGCUAAUCCUGAUUGUGUUGCGGUUUCUUCGAGCUAACUAUGCUGUUCUUAGGGAAAGACAACUGCAAUCCUUGCCUGAACUCGUCUUGUCAGAAGAAAUGGUGAAUAAUGCUGCUGCAUCAUUUCGUGCUAAAGUCAAUUACAUGCUGCUUAUGGCCCAUGAUAUCACCCUUGGCAAAGAUUUCAGAGUCUUUUUCAAGGUGGUGAUUGCUUUGUGGCUCUUGUCAGUGAUUGGCAGCUUAAUAUCAUUCUGCACUUUGGCAUAUAUAGGAACCAUUAUCUUUAUUACACUUCCUGCUUUAUACGACAAAUUCGAAGACCGUGUGGAUAGGUACGCUGGAGUGAUCCACCAAAAAUUUUCAAAGCACUAUAAGAUAGUGGAUGAGAGUGUCAUUAGCAGAAUACCCCGGAAUUUGCGUAGGCACAAAGAUUUGUAGAAUUUGGCCAUCCAGACUGGACAAGUUUUGAUAGCAAGAUUCUUUUGUAGCAGGGUCUCCUCAAUUUUGGUACGAUCAAAGAUGGAAAUUUUGCCUUGGUUUAAUCUACCAACAACAAAGUUUCCCGGUUUCGGCUUUUCCACGAAAACGAAACGAAGCCCAGUUGGUUGUGAAGUUGCAUGCUGCAUUCAAGACCAGUUAAUUGCGAAUAUGUAUCCCGUAUCUAAGCCUUGUCGUCGUUUUUGCUUUGUUGGAUUUUGGGUAUUUUUUUCACAUUUGUUUCGCUCAUUCUAUUUGAUAUUUUAUCCUUCAAACUGUUGCAAGAAUGUGUGUCCGCAGACAUCCGGGCAUGCCAAUCUUACGAAGUCCAUCUUAUCUUCUCCAGCUUGUAAAUCCUGCUUACUUUACUGGUC